GCAUAGCCAGAAGAUGCUUGAGACUUACAACAUCAGCGCCCAUAUAAAAAGAACAACAUAUUAGCCGUUUCCCUAUCAUUUUAUUCCAGUACACAUCAGAAAACGAUUUUUAAAUUGCCGUUCAAAACAGCGACUAGUUACAACACACUUCACAGGUGAGCUUCACCUCAGAGCGCGGUUGCCAUGGAGCGACAGCAGUUCAGCGCCUCCACACACUCACCGGACGGGCGAGCAGAGCUCCACACCUCAUCCGGAGUGAAGAAACAUCUUCAUAAACACAGUCUCAAGCGCCGGUUUGAGGUGAUGGAGACCCUGGGCAGAGGCACGUACGGCAAAGUGAAGCGUGCGGUGGAGAGACGGUGUGGAAAGACGGUGGCUAUUAAAUCCAUUAGAAAGGAGAGAUUCAGGGAUGAUCUGGAUAGAGCUCACAUCCAGAGAGAAAUUGAGAUCACCGCCUCUCUUGUGCACCCAAAUAUCAUCCGUCUCUAUGAGGUGUUUGAGAGCAGAGAGAGGAUAGUGAUGGUGAUGGAGUACGCGAGCGGAGGAGAGCUGUACGAGUACAUUCAGGACAAACAGAGACUGCCAGAGGAGGAGGCCAGACACUUCUUCAGACAGAUCACCUCUGCUGUGCAAUACUGCCAUAAAAAUGGUGUGGUUCAUCGCGACCUCAAACUGGAGAAUAUACUUCUGGACAAAGACUUAAAUGUGAAGUUAGCUGACUUUGGCUUGUCCAACCGCUACAUGAGAGGCCAGUGUCUGGACACUUUCUGCGGGAGCCCGCUGUAUGCAUCACCAGAAAUCAUCAAUGGACUUCCUUACCACGGCCCUGAGGUGGAUUGCUGGUCUCUUGGUGUGCUGUUAUAUGCUCUGGUUUAUGGCUCCAUGCCUUUUGAUGGCACCAGUUACAGCAUCCUUAAAGAGCAGAUCCGCCACGGACGAUAUAAGAUCCCUGAUGUCCUGUCAGAGGCCCGUUCAUUAAUUGGCUGGAUGCUCACAGUGCAAACAGAAGACAGAGCCACAGUGGAAGACAUCGCUAACCACUGGUGGCUAAACUUCAACCGUCCCAAAGCUACAGAGAGUAAACCUUGCGCCUCCACCCUACCCAGAAAGAAACAUAAGGAAAGAACACUGAUCUCAAACAGCAGCUUCGUUCUGCGGUCGCCUCUUGAAUCUUCUUCCCACAACCAGCCUACGAAACUGCCGAAGAAGGGCAUCCUGAAGAAUCUCUACAAUCAGCUCGAGUACACAGACAGGUCUGGCUCUGCUGGGAAUGGUACGGCAGCGACUUGCGAAGAUGUAGAAAGAAUUGGGACAGAUAGCGGGAGGAAGAGGAAGGGCAUUCUUAAGUGUAACGGAAAGUUCUCUGGUGUUUCUCCAAUCAUGUCAGCUCCUACGUGGUCACAUGGUUUCAGCAAAACUAGUCAAGAGUGUAAUGGAGAUGAGCAGCAAGAGAUGGAGUUUGAGAUCAAGAUCUCCCUGUGGAAAACACACGAGUCUACAGACCUACAUUUUCCACAGAAUAGAUAUUUCGAUCCAGUACAAUGACUAUAAAUGCAUUGAAUUGAUUACUUGCCUUCAUGUCGUUUCAAACGGGUAAAACCU